AUGUCGGACCAUAAGAAGAAUUUGGCUCUCCUGUUCGAUAGGCCCACUGAACCAGUGUUCAUGGCCAAGGGUGCUGAUAAAACAGUAUUCGAGAUUCCUGAUAAUUAUUUCGCUGACAAAUACAAGGAUAUUGGAGCUGCUCUUCAAAAUCGUUUUGGAGAAGAAGCCGGAAAUCGUGUACCAGUUAGGAACAUUUCUGUUCCUGAUCUCAGCGUUCCUAUGCAGUUGGGUCGUCGUGAAAACUUCUCAUUAUUUAUACCCAAGCACAGAAUGAUUGCUGGACGUUUGAUUGAUAUUUUCAUGGGUUUACGUAAUUUGGAAGAUUUGCAGUCCGUUGCUGUUUAUGCUAGAGAUCGCUUGAAUCCUUAUCUAUUCAAUUAUGCACUAUCAGUGGCUCUUUUACACAGAGAAGAUACUAAAGAUGUGCCAAUUCCAAACUUUGCUGAAUCGUUCCCGGAUAAAUUCAUGGAUAGCGCUGUGUUUCAGAGGGCUAGGGAGGAAGCGACUAUUGUACCAGAAGGCUCAAGGGUUCCGAUUGUGAUCCCUAAAGAUUACACAGCUUCCGAUUUAGAAGAAGAACAUCGCGUUGCCUAUUUCCGAGAAGACAUUGGUCUAAAUUUGCACCAUUGGCAUUGGCAUCUUGUUUAUCCAUUCGAAGCCAGCAACCGUGCUUUAGUAGCUAAAGACAGGCGUGGUGAAUUGUUCUACUACAUGCAUCAACAAAUAAUAGCUCGUUAUAAUGCUGAACGUCUUAGCAAUCAUUUGCCUCGUGUCAAACGUUUAGAAAAUCUUAGAGAACCUAUUCCUGAAGGUUAUUUCCCAAAAAUGGACUCCAUGGUAGCCAGCAGGGCGUGGCCCCCAAGAUUUGUUAACACUACCAUCAAAGAUUUACGUAGGGAGGUAGAUCAGAUUAAAUUGGAUGUUAGUGAUUUGGAAAGAUGGAGGGAUAGAUUUUAUGAAGCUAUUCAUCAAGGUUUUGUUAUUGAUAGACAAGGAAACCGCAUAGUUCUUGAUGAAGCUACUGGUAUAGAUACUCUUGGAAACAUGAUGGAAUCAUCUAUAUUAUCACCGAAUCGAGGUUUAUAUGGAGAUAUGCACAACAUGGGCCACGUUCUCAUCUCUUAUUCGCACGAUCCUGACCAUAGACAUUUGGAAACUUAUGGUGUAAUGGGAGAUUCUGCAACUGCCAUGAGAGAUCCAGUUUUCUAUCGUUGGCACGCAUUUGUUGAUGAUGUGUUCCAAGAGCAUAAAGGAACUUUACCACGUUAUACCGCACCCCAAUUGGGCUAUCAAGGAGUUUCUAUUGAAUCAGUCGAUGUCAUUGUGCAAAACUCUCAACCAAAUCGCUUCCAGACGUUCUGGCAACAAUCUGACGUAGAUUUGUCUCGCGGAAUGGACUUUACCCCACGUGGUAAUGUCUUUGCAAGAUUCACGCAUUUGCAACAUCAACCAUUCACCUAUCGCAUCCAAGUAAACAAUUCAAAUAGCGCCCCAAGAAUGGGUACAGUUAGGAUCUUUAUGGCACCAAAACAGGACGAACGUGGUUUACCAAUCUUGCUACGUGAUCAAAGGACUCUCUUCAUUGAACUCGAUAAAUUUACUGUAUCUUUGAGACCUGGUAUGAACACAAUUCCUCGCCGAUCCGAUGAAUCUUCCGUAACCAUUCCAUUCGAAAGGACAUUCCGCAACCUGAAUGACCGUCCAGCUGCUGGUACAGAUGCUGAAGCUGCUUUCAACUUCUGUGGUUGUGGAUGGCCUCAUCAUUUACUCAUUCCUAAAGGCACACCUCAGGGCAUGGAAUAUGAAUUAUUCGUUAUGGUGUCAAAUUACAAUGAUGACAGAGUUGACCAAACUAUCACUGGUACAUGCAAUGAUUCUUCAAGUUACUGUGGAAUCAGAGACCGUUUAUAUCCAGACAAAAGAGCAAUGGGCUUCCCAUUCGACAGACCACCACCAAAUGGUGUCGAUACUUUGGCUAGCUUAGUCCAAAGUUUACCUAAUAUGGUUGUGAAAGAUGUGGUUGUCCAAUUUACUGAUCGUAGUGUCGUACGAGCAUAAAGGACACAGUUUCUUGAUGGUUUGGUAAAAUAUU